AUGUCACACCUUACUGAACUUCAGCGCUCUGCUGUUCAGAAUGCGCAAGCUCUCCUUGAAAGUGCUGGACUGUCGCCUCGUGACUUGGAUUCAGUCUCACCAUCACCAUCACCGACACCUCUGAGUCCUGUUCAUAUUGCUUCAACACCACUUCAUCUCUCUACUGUGACUGCCCCAGCUAUCCAACAUGCCUGCUCACAUCCUACUAUCAGCACAUACUAUAUCCCACCUCCUGCACGACCUUUUACAGAUGAAGAUCGUGUACGGGAAUUUCAUCGUGUCACGCGCAGGACCUCCGCACAUUCUCUCGUCGAACAUCCAGUUGGUGCCAUUGUUGAAUAUCCACAAACUGGACAAUAUGCGAAUGAAUCUGUUGCUCACAUCUUCCACAUUGAUCCAACUACUUCCAAGUCUUCUCUCCGCCCUCAAUCAAGUUUUCAGUACUCCUUGGGUGAUGGGCAUGGGGGAAAGACAAUCAGUCGAUGUCUUAUGCUUCGUGAUGCUGAAGGACAUCCUGUUUCAUGCACCAGCCUUAAAACAUCUUGUACGAGCCUUAAGAUUUGCUCAGCGCGUAAGCGCGACAUGUCAACGCAUCACUCUACUAAUAUUUUUGAGGUUUCAUCUCAUUGUCAGACUGUGUCUCGGACAGACUCGAACAGUCCUGCCAGCGCUGCUGACAGGGAAAUCUUCGAACGAACACUGGCAUUGUACAUGGCCUUGUAUGAACGUGGCUGCUCUGCCAUUGAUGGCAUUGAUGAUCACCUUGCUGAGAGUGUGAUAGACGACUUGGAUGUCAAGAAGCCCAGGUGUAGCGGAAAACUUAUCAUGCAGCUUGAUGCCUACAAUCAGCCAUUUGUCCGAUGCAAAUUGCGCUCCCACACUCGCCGUACCCACCUGUUCAUACGAAAUCUGCAGGAAUGUGACACACGCUACCUGCAAGCUCUCCUCGACGAUGACCACAUCAUUAUUUCAGAAUGCGAGCAAUUAGCGAAGUCACAAGGAUAUGGUCCACUCCUACCAUGCAGUUAUGUUACAAGCCCAUCCUCCCAAAGGCAAGUUUGUCCACACCUCCACCGUCAAGCAGACGGCAAGCUCAAACAAGGUGUCCUGCGGAAGUGGACGCAUAAUUGCACCGCAAAUUUCAACAUCUAUGUCCCCCAUGAUCUCGUAACUUGCCCACGCAUAGUCGUCCUCUGCAGCAACCCGCACUCACAUCCACCUCCUGCACCUGUCAAAACACCAACACCACUUGUUGACAUAUUUCAUGAGCUUCUCUUGCUCAUGAAAUGGAAACUAGCAGAUGCGACACCACGUCGGAUUUAUUUGGACACAGCAUUCAUCCAGGGCCUUCAUGAAGUACUUGGCUGGGACUUCCCAGAUGGCCGCGACGCAACACUGCAAGAUCUUCACCCAUCACUGGCCAAUCUCGAUCAUGUGCGGCGUCUCAUCAAUAUUCUGAGGUCUGUGAAGUAUCCCAGUGGAACAGGAUUCGAAGGCAGGUAUCACUACCAGAUUUCUGCUGCUUAUACUGACAUGGAAUUACUAGGUGCACGUCUCCUUGCUGAGGAGCAUGCAAAGCUACCUCUGGAACAACGCUACGUGCGCUGUGCAGAGACACACAUCAUCGAGCGGGGAGCAACACUCAAACUCGUCAUCUGCAUGACACCACGUAUGUCACUGCACCUCAUGCAAGCUACGCGCCUGUCCAUCGACACAUCGUUUAAGCGUGCACAAGGAUGGCAAGAGUUUGAAAUUGAGUCAUGGAAUGUUGAGCACCAACGAUCUGUCGUCAGCAGCAGAGCAUUUACAACGUCACAAAGUGCUAAAGCUCACCUCAUUCUCUUCGAACGAAUUUUUGAGAUCGCAUCCACUGACACUGGGUUGCCUGUGUCAUUCAACCAUAUCCACGGCUGCGGGUUCGAGACAGUGAUUGCUGAUAGCCACAAAGGUCAAGGGUUAGGUUUGGGAAUGUACUGCAUGCAAUUGUCUCGCUCCCUCACAAUGCCAUGUCCAUACGAGUCGCAACGUCGUCUCUGCGAUCUGGGGCCGUACGACCAUCUCCGUCGAUUCUAUCGGCUUUGUGUGGCACAUUAUAAGAGAAAUGUCCACGGCCUUUACACCCACGUUUCAGACAAAGUAUAUACAGCAAUGCUGAGCUUGGCAACGUCCGAGCCUCAUCCAGACAUUCAGAAGACAUUGGAUAUCAUUCGCAAUGGCGGUCCAAAAGCUGCAGCAUGGUUGAAAGAUAAGCUUGAAGGCACGAAAUUUGCGUUUCCGGCAAUAUACCAACCAGCAAGCCUGAUACCUCUCGCUUUUUGGAAAGCAUCACCCGCAACAACCAACGGCAAUGAGCAAUCUCAUCGUAAUGCGUAUCGUGAAGGCAUUCACUUGACUCUAUUAGCUGGCCUCAUGAAAGGCAUGAGAUAUGACCAGGGAGCAACAAACAGUAUGGACGUUCACACCACAUUUGGUGUAUCGACUAGAGAUCAAGGCGCAACUUAUAUUCAACGUGCAAAACAGUGCAUUAUGCGACAAAGUACGAACUUAUAUUGCAACUCUAAACACUAG